AUGUCGGUGCCAGUAGGCUCAGGAGGAACAUCAGUCCCAGAAGGAGGGGGAGGAGCAUCUCCGCGCUUCUCUUUGUCUCCCUCAGACUUGGGGGGAGGUGGGAUAUCGGUGCCAGUAGGCUUGGGGGGAGGAACAUCAGUUCCAGAAGGAGGAGGGGGAGGAGCAUCUCCGCGCCUCUCGUUGCCUCCCUCAGACUUGGGAGGAGGGGGCACGUCCAUGCCGGUAGGCUUGGGGGGAGGAGGAGCGUCAGUGCCGCUGGGUACGGGAGGAGGGUUGUCCUCGCGCUUCUCGUUGUCGUUGCCACCCUCAGACUUGGGAGGAGGGGGGAUAUCAGUGCCGGUUGGAAGAGGAGGAGGGGCAGAGAUGUCGGAUGGGGCUGAAAAGAGGAGCAGCGGCGACCAGGCCAGCGGCCAUGAAGCUGCACAUAAUAGCGGAAACCUUCAUGAUGGUGGUUGUAAAGAGUUGAUUGAUUGGGAAGUGAUUUGUUGGUUUGAUUGA